AUGGAAUUGAAAUUUGCCACGUACCGGUCCCAGGAGCCCAAAGAACUCAAACCUUUCCAAAGUACGCGUUUGCACCUUGAUGAGCUCGAUUCCGUGGCUCCCAAAGAUCACCGCCAAUACAAGACCAACCGUCUGUCAUAUACUCCGUGCGCCCCUGGGCCUGCUGCAGCUACUUCGCCUGUACCCACGGAGGUGGCGACUUCUAGGGAGUCGACGCCACCAAAUGACCAUCGUGAAAAACGAAGUCUUCUUGAUGUCAGCCGUGAAGAUGUCCCGAUAAAAUCGAACAAGCCGUACCGCUGCUCCAAGCUCGAAUUAGACACCUGGAUUAAAGCGGGGCGAAAGAGAAUUCGAAAGGACCAGGUUGUGGUUAACGUGGAGGUUAUCAACGACAUGAUAAUAUUUUUGCAGCAACUUUCCGAUUAUUUCAAUGCGCCUCGUAAUGAUUCUGAGAGUUUGCGAGUCGCAAUACAAUUCGGAGCUAAAUUGAUGCAACGCAGAUGUGAGGAUAUUGUCGCAGAAGCCCUCGCAAGCAGUGAUCUGGCUCAAUGCGGCACGCUGGCUUCUACUCAGCGGAAAGUGAAGUGCAUGACAGAGGAAGAACACUUCUAUGACUAA